AUGGCGAGCCAAGGCGAGCCGUCUUCCUCGGAUCCGAAGGGGAAGAAGGAUUACUCGACGGCGAUCCUCGAGAGGAAGAAGUCGCCGAACCGGCUGGUGGUCGACGAGGCCACCAAUGAUGACAACUCCGUCGUCGCUCUGCACCCGGACACCAUGGAGAGGCUCCAGCUCUUCCGCGGUGACACUGUCCUGCUCAAGGGUAAGAAGAGAAAGGACACUAUCUGCAUUGUGCUUGCAGAUGACACGUGUGAGGAGCCAAAGGUCCGGAUGAACAAGGUUGUCAGGAAGAACUUGAGGGUACGGCUUGGUGAUGUGGUAUCUGUUCAUCAAUGCCCAGAUGUAAAAUACGGGAAGCGUGUGCACACACUUCCAAUUGAUGACACCAUAGAAGGCAUCACUGGCAACUUAUUUGAUGCCUUUCUGAAACCAUACUUCCUUGAAGCCUAUCGUCCUUUGAGGAAAGGAGACCUUUUCCUAGUCAGGGGUGGCAUGAGAAGUGUAGAAUUCAAAGUCAUAGAGACUGAUCCUCCAGAGUAUUGUAUCGUUGCACCAGAUACAGAAAUAUUCUGUGAGGGUGAGCCUGUUAAGAGGGAGGAUGAGGAAAGACUUGAUGAGGUUGGCUAUGAUGAUGUUGGUGGAGUUAGAAAGCAGAUGGCCCAAAUUAGAGAACUGGUUGAACUUCCACUGCGUCAUCCCCAGCUUUUCAAGUCUAUUGGUGUGAAGCCACCAAAGGGCAUAUUGCUGUUUGGGCCUCCUGGAUCUGGCAAGACCCUUAUUGCUAGAGCUGUAGCUAAUGAGACAGGUGCUUUCUUCUUUUUGAUCAAUGGACCAGAAAUCAUGUCAAAGCUAGCAGGAGAAAGUGAAAGCAAUCUCAGAAAGGCAUUUGAAGAAGCUGAAAAAAAUGCUCCUUCCAUCAUUUUUAUUGAUGAGCUAGAUUCCAUAGCUCCUAAGAGAGAAAAGACCCAUGGAGAAGUUGAAAGGCGUAUUGUUUCACAGCUCUUGACUCUUAUGGAUGGUCUCAAGUCUCGUGCACAUGUUAUUGUCAUGGGUGCCACAAACCGUCCAAACAGUAUCGAUCCUGCUCUUAGAAGGUUUGGUAGGUUUGAUCGUGAGAUUGAUAUUGGUGUUCCAGAUGAAGUUGGACGCCUUGAGGUUCUCCGGAUUCACACCAAAAACAUGAAACUGGCUGAAAAUGUUGACUUGGAGCUCAUUGGGAAGGAUACCCAUGGUUAUGUUGGUGCUGAUCUUGCUGCCCUUUGUACCGAAGCUGCUCUUCAAUGCAUCCGUGAGAAGAUGGAUAUUAUAGAUCUUGAGGAUGAGACCAUAGAUGCUGAGAUAUUGAACUCUAUGGCUGUCACAAAUGACCAUUUCAAGACUGCACUUGGGACAAGCAACCCAUCUGCUCUGCGUGAAACUGUUGUUGAAGUUCCAAAUGUCUCUUGGGAAGAUAUUGGUGGUCUGGAAAACGUUAAGAGGGAGCUACAGGAGACUGUUCAAUAUCCUGUGGAGCAUCCUGAGAAAUUUGAAAAGUUUGGCAUGUCCCCUUCAAAGGGUGUUUUGUUUUAUGGCCCUCCUGGCUGUGGCAAGACUUUGUUGGCCAAGGCAAUUGCUAAUGAAUGCCAGGCUAACUUCAUUAGUGUGAAGGGUCCUGAACUUCUUACCAUGUGGUUUGGUGAGAGCGAGGCCAAUGUCCGUGAGAUUUUUGAUAAGGCUAGGCAGUCUGCUCCAUGUGUCCUCUUCUUCGAUGAGCUUGACUCCAUUGCUACUCAGAGAGGAAGCAGUGUUGGUGACGCAGGCGGCGCCGCUGAUAGGGUGUUGAACCAGCUGCUUACUGAGAUGGAUGGCAUGAAUGCCAAGAAGACUGUUUUCAUCAUCGGUGCGACUAACAGACCAGAUAUCAUUGACCCUGCCCUGCUGAGGCCAGGGCGUCUUGAUCAGCUAAUCUACAUUCCUCUACCCGAUGAACAAUCCAGGCUUCAAAUCUUCAAAGCCUGCCUCAGGAAGUCUCCUGUGGCUAAUGAUGUUGACUUGAAUGCCCUUGCCAAAUACACCCAGGGUUUCAGCGGUGCAGAUAUCACUGAGAUCUGCCAGCGUGCGUGCAAGUAUGCUAUCAGGGAGAACAUCGAGAAGGAUAUCGAGAGGGAGAGGCGCAGGAAGGACAACCCUGAGGCCAUGGAGGAAGACGAGGUUGAUGACAUUGCUGAGAUCAAGGCUGCUCACUUCGAGGAGUCCAUGAAGUUUGCCCGCCGCAGUGUUAGUGACGCUGACAUCCGCAAGUAUCAGGCCUUUGCCCAGACCCUGCAGCAGUCCCGUGGGUUUGGCAGCGAGUUCCGGUUCGCCGACCAACCGACGGCAGCUGCAGGCUCUGCUGGUGCGGCUGAUCCCUUUGCAUCCGCUGCAGGAGCAGCUGACGAUGAUGACUUGUACAAUUAG